CGACACUGUCGCGUCCCGUCGGCUCAGAGCCGUAAAGAGCGGCGCGGCGGCCCCGGUGGAGGUGGCCGCGGUGCGGUACGAUGGCGGACAUGGAAGACCUCUUCGGCAGCGACGCGGAUAGCGACGCGGAGCGCAAAGACUCUGAUUCUGGGUCCGGGUCCGAGUCCGACUCCGAGCAGGAGAACGCGGCGUCGGGCAGCAACGCCUCCGGAAGCGACAGUGAUCAGGACGACGCGGUUGACUCGGGGCUGCCGAGGAACAAGGAGCUGUUCGGUGAGGACAGCGAGGAGGACGAGGGGGCGUCGCGCCACAGCGGCAGCGAGAACCCCUCCGAGCGAUCCGACCACCGAUCGGAGACCUCCGGGCGCUCAGAGCGGGAGGACGACGGCUCCGGCUCCGAUGUGGACCAGCGCAGCGGCUCGGAUGGCCGGCCCGAGGGGGACGAGGACGAGGCUGAGGGCGAGGGCCCCGGCUCUGAAGGCUCGGAGAAGGCUCCCUCGGAAGACAAGUGGGGCGGAGACAAGAGCGACCAGUCCGGCGACGAGAAGACGCAGAACUCGGACGAGGACGAGCGGGCCCCGGCCUCCGACGAGGACGACGACGAGAAGACGCACAACUCGGACGAGGACGACCGGCCCGCGCUCUCCGAUGAGGAGCGGCCGCCACUGUCCGAGGAGGAGAAGCAGAACUCGGACGAGGACGAGCGGCCGCCGGGCUCCGAGGAGGACAAAGCCCAGAACUCUGACGACGAGCGGCCGCAGGCCUCCGACGAGGAGGAGGAGCAGGACCGCAAGUCAGAAUCCGCGAGAGGCAGCGAUAGUGAAGACGAAGUCUUGCGGAUGAAACGCAAGAAUGCCAUCGCGUCAGAUUCCGAAGGGGACAGCGACACCGAGCUCCCCAAAGACAACAGUGGCACCAUGGACCUGUUUGGAGGUGCAGAUGACAUUUCCUCAGGGAGUGAGGGGGAGGAUAAGCCACCCACGCCGGGACAGCCCGUGGAUGAGAACGGAUUGCCUCAGGACCAGCAGGAGGAGGAGCCCAUUCCUGAGACCAGAAUAGAGGUGGAAAUCCCCAAAGUGAACACUGACUUAGGAAAUGACCUGUACUUCGUCAAACUGCCCAACUUCCUCAGUGUGGAGCCCAGACCUUUUGAUCCUCAGUACUAUGAAGAUGAAUUUGAAGAUGAAGAAAUGUUGGAUGAAGAAGGCAGAACCAGGUUAAAAUUAAAGGUAGAAAACACCAUCCGAUGGCGGACUCGCCGGGACGAAGAAGGCAGUGAGAUUAAGGAGAGCAACGCGCGCAUUGUCAAGUGGUCAGACGGCAGCAUGUCCCUGCAUCUGGGCAACGAGGUCUUCGACGUGUACAAAGCCCCUCUGCAGGGCGACCACAACCACCUCUUCAUCAGGCAGGGCACCGGCCUGCAGGGACAGGCGGUCUUCAAGACGAAGCUGACCUUCAGACCUCACUCUACAGACAGCGCCACGCACAGGAAGAUGACCUUGUCACUGGCAGACAGAUGCUCGAAGACACAGAAGAUUAGGAUCCUGCCGAUGGCUGGCCGUGACCCUGAGUGCCAGCGCACGGAGAUGAUCAAGAAGGAAGAGGAGCGCCUGCGAGCGUCCAUCCGCCGGGAGUCACAGCAGCGCCGCAUGAGGGAGAAGCAGCACCAGCGUGGGCUGAGCGCCAGCUACCUGGAGCCCGACCGAUACGACGAGGAGGAGGAGGGCGAGGAGUCCAUCAGCCUGGCUGCCAUCAAAAACCGCUACAAAGGCGGCAUCCGCGAGGAGCGUGCCAGGAUCUACUCCUCAGACAGUGACGAGGGCUCGGAGGAGGACAGGGCGCAGCGUUUGCUCAAGGCCAAGAAACUCAACAGUGAUGAGGAAGGCGAGCCGUCUGGAAAGAGGAAGGCGGAAGAUGAUGACAAGGCCGGUAAGAAGCAUAAGAAGUACGUGAUCAGCGACGAGGAGGAAGAGGACGAUGACUAGGUGCAUAGCAUGGGCCUUCGUGUAUGGACUGUACAGUUGUUUUAUAAAUAUGUAAAGAUGAGCUAUUUUGAUUGAAAUGAAUUGAUUUGCAUUUGCAUAGUCCCCCCCAGGGAUUGAACUCAGGGCAUUGCACUUAUAUGGCAGGUAGAAGAACCACUGAGCUAAAUCCCCAGCCACAUUUGUGUAGUUUUAAUUGUAAUAAAAAACCUUAAAAGGCAGCCUGUAUCUGAACAAGCUGGUUUUGUUGCCACCUCGCGUGAAGGGACUUGCUGAGUCCACUGCCCCCUGGCCCAUCCCCGAUGUGCUCUGGUGUGGGUUUGGGGCACACACACGUCUCUGAAGUCCCUGAGCCUCCCUGUCCUCCCCACCUGUGGUAGCACCCGGCUCACUGGCUGGUGGCCAGAGCCCGCACUAUCCACGUCUUCCUUCCUCCGCCCUCCACACUCCCUCUGUAAGGACAGUCACUGGGCUGCCUGGGCCCUGCGCCCCCUCCUGGCAACAUGCGGCAGGAAUCCAGCAGCCACACAGUCACCCCGAGGCCCUGAGUGGACGCAGUUCCCAUCCCGCUGCAGUGCUGGACACAGAGCAGUGCAGUCCACGAUGGACAGUGUCGAGUCUACACAGGACGGAGCCUGCACUGGUGUCAUGGGGAGGGCUGGGCUGCGGCUCGGUGGCAGAGCAGGGGCUCGGGGCUGGUCUGUCACCGGCACUGAAGGAAGCACUGUGUAUACUGCCGUUCUCGUCCUGGACGCAGAGACAUGGAUCCUUUCAUUUGUGAGCAAGGUGAGUGUCGCGCUGUCACUCCCAUCCUAGCCGCAAGCCCCAGAGCUGUCUCUUUAUAUUGUGGCACCCUGUGUGGCCCAGAAGCAGAAGCUGCACAGCCUCUUUCCUUGCAGGGCUCCGCAUUCAAAGGGGCAUUUGACUCCGGCCUGGUGUCAUUUCCAUUUGCUCAGAAAUCAGCCCAAAUGUGUGAUGUGUCUUGAUCUUCCUCCCCACACACCUCGAUUCUUCUCAGGGAGAAUUAGAGUUUGCAGAGUUUUGUUCUUAAGACAAGGUCUUGCUGUGUCGUUCCCACUUUCUUCAAAGCCAUGGUGAUCCUCCUGCCUCAGCCUCCUGACGGCUGCAAUCACAGGUGUGUACCACUAGGCCCUGUGAUGGUGUUUUUCUUUGUGCACUAAUCUUGUCCUUACUGUGAGCGCAGCUGGGCAUCACCCAAGGCCUGCCCCAUAGAAAAGUGACUUCGAGGACAGACCCAAGUCACUGUAGGUCACUAUCGACUCUUCUGCACCUGUCUCCAGUUUCUGAGAGACUCUGCUGUGCCCAUCCCUCCAAGGCAGCAGUCUUGGGAUGUGUGCGCAUGCGCCUGUUUCGCUGGUCUGCAGACACCUAUGUGUCAGCCCUAGGCUCCAGCCUCCAUCCCCAAACCUGUUUUUCUUACUGUGUGCCCAGCCAGGACCCUGGGCACAGAGGCCGCCACUGCCUUCCUGCCAUCUUGAACUCUCAGCCGCCCGUGUGGGGCCCUACAGAGGCCAGGCGAGGCCUUUCAGUAAAGACUGGUUCAGUGCACCUCCUCUUCCUGUGUUGCUGAGCCCUGGGUACGGGGGGCCUUUGCAUUUCCUGCCAUCUCUGUGGUGCCGGAGUUCUGCUUCUGUUUUGGUAACCUUGCUGUGAUUUUCAAUCUAAUUUGAUUUGUGUGAAGUACUACAUUCUGCUGGGCUUGGUGGUGCAUGCUUGCAAUCCCAGCA